GGAGGGAGGAGGCGUGGCCUCGGGCGGCGUGCGGCGGGGUCUGAGUGGGGGUGGAGGUUGGUUUCUCUGACACCGAGUACUGCUGCUGCUGCUGCUGCCUCCUCUUCGCUCGCGCCGUGCACCUGAAAGCCAGCCCUACCGCAGCCUCUGCCCGCGCUAUGAACCGCUUCAAGGUGUCUAAAUUCCGGCACACCGAGGCCCGGCCGCCUCGGAAGGAGGCCUGGAUCAAUGACAUUCGAGCAGGAGCAGCUUCGUCCUAUGGGAACCACAUCAAGUCAAGCUGUAGCUUGAUUGUGUUUAACACCGAUCAGCCAGGUACUCUGGGCAUUGUGCCCCUGGAAAGUCAGGACAGGAACAAGAAGAAUGUGGCAUACCUGGGUUGCCAUUCAGAUCUGGUGACCGAUUUUGAUUUCUCUCCAUUUGAUGACCAUCUCCUUGUCACAGGCUCAGCAGACAGAAUGGUAAAGCUGUGGCGACUACCUGCUACUGCCACAGACCAGGACCUGCCCUCUGCCCCUGGGGUGGUACUGGGCCCUGAGGACUGCCAGGUGGAGCUCCUGAAGUUCCACCCCACAUCAGACACUGUGCUGGUGAGCACCUCUGACAAGGUGGUGAAAGUCUGGGAUUUGGCCCUGAAGCAUACCCUGACUGAGCUGGGCGGCCACAGUGACCAGGUUCAGAGCGUGGCCUGGAGCUCCAAUGGUGUUCUCCUGGGCACGUCGUGCAAGGACAAGCAUCUACGUGUCUUUGAUCCCAGAACAAAACCCACCGCUUCUCAGAGCACUCAGGGCCAUGAGAACCACAAGGACAGCCAACUAGUCUGGACCAACUCCCAGGAACAUCUGCUCUCCACCGGAUUAAACCAGAUGCGGGAGCAUGAAGUAAAGCUGUGGGACACUCGAUGCUUCGCCAGCGCCCUCACCUCCUUCACCCUCCACACUUCCCCCGGUUCUCUGAUCCCCCUGCUGGAUGCUGACUCUGGGCUCCUGAUCCUAGGUGGAAAGGGUGAGAAUCUGGUAUACUGCUAUGAAGUGUCCCUGCCACAGGCCGCCUUUACCCAAGUGAACCAGUGUGUCCUAGAGACCAAGUGCCGGGGAAUGGCCCUGGCACCUCGUCGCGCUCUGACUGUGAUGGCCUGUGAAGUGCUUCGGGUGCUGCAGCUCAGUGAGAGUGCCAUCGUGCCCGUCAGCUACGUGGUGCCCCGAAAGUCUGUAGAAUUCCACGAAGACUUGUUUUCCGAUGCUGCGGGCAGUGUGCCCGCCACCAGUGCCCACGCUUGGUGGGCUGGAGACAACCAGCAGGUCCAGAGGGUUAGUCUGAAUCCUGCCCGCCGGCCUCAUGCCAGCUUCACUUCCCAUCUGAUACCCACAGAACUCUCUUCUCCUGCUGCCACUCAGCUUCAGGAGGUGCCAGUGGGUGACACGGACCCAAGUGAGGGCAGCUUCUCCUCCCCACCCAGCUCUCUGACCUCCCCCUCCACCCCCUCCAGCCUGGGCCGCUCACUCUCGAGCACCAGUGGCAUUGGCACCAGCCCAUCCCAGAGGUCCCUCCAAAGCCUUCUGGGCCCUAGCUCCAAGUUCCGCCACGCUCAGGGUACUGUACUCCAUCGCGAUACCCACAUCACCAACCUCAAAGGGCUCAACCUCACCACUCCUGGGGAAAGUGAUGGAUUCUGUGCCAAUCGCCUCCAUGUGGCUUUACCUCUGCUGAGCACAGGCGGGCAGGUGGCAGUUCUGGAGCUGCGGAAACCUGGCCGUCUGCCUGAUACUGCAUUGCCCACGCUACAGAACGGGGUGGCUGUCACUGACCUCACCUGGGACCCAUUUGACCUGUACCGCCUUGCUGUGGCUGGGGAAGAUGCCCGGAUACGGCUGUGGCGGGUACCCCCUGAAGGACUGCAAGAAGUGAUGACAAUGCCUGAGGCCAUACUGACAGGGCAUACAGAGAAGAUCUACUCCCUGCGCUUCCACCCCUUGGCAUCUGAUGUCUUGGCCUCAUCUUCCUAUGAUUUGACUGUGCGGAUCUGGGACCUGCAAGAAGGGUUGGAGAAGAUAAGGCUGCAGGGUCACAAGGACCAGAUCUUCAGCAUGGCCUGGAGUCCCGAUGGACAGCUCCUGGCAACUGUGUGCAAAGAUGGUAGGGUUCGGAUCUAUGAUCCCCGGAGUAGCCCAGAACCUAUCCAGGAGGGUCCUGGCCCUGAGGGAGGUCGAGGAGCCCGUGUGGUGUGGGUGUGUGAUGGCCGGUGUCUGCUGGUUUCCGGCUUUGACAGCCGGAGUGAGCGCCAGCUUCUCCUCUACGGGGCAGGAUCACUGGGUGGCGGCCCUUUGGCCGUGCUGGGUCUCGAUGUAGCCCCUUCCACCCUGCUGCCCAGCUAUGAUCCAGACACUGGUCUCGUCCUUCUCACUGGCAAGGGUGACACGCGAGUAUUUGUGUAUGAGCUCCUUCCCGAGGCCCCCUUCUUCCUGGAGUGCAACAGCUUCACCUCAUCUGAUCCACACAAGGGCUUCGCCUUCUUGCCCAAGACAGAAUGUGAGGUACAACAGGUUGAGUUUGCUCGAGGCCUCCGGCUCCGUCAGUCUUCCCUAGAACCUGUUGCCUUCCGACUUCCCAGGGUCAAAAAAGAGUUCUUCCAGGAUGAUGUGUACCCAGACACUGCUGUGUGUUGGGAGCCUGCACUCAGUGCUGCUGCCUGGCUGGGGGGUGCCAACAGACAGCACCGCCGCCUCAACCUGCAGCCCCCUGGAAUGACCCCAGUGAGUGAGGCCCCCCGAGAAGCUCCAACACGACGGACCUUGCCCUCAGCUGUCUACCUUGAAGAGAAGUCAGACCAGCAGAAGAAAGAAGAGCUGCUAAGUGCCAUGGUGGCGAAGUUGGGUAACCGGGAAGACCCCCUCCCCCAGGAUUCCUUUGAGGGAGUGGAUGAGGAUGAAUGGGUGGCCACCAUUAUUCUUCUAAUCAUCCUAAUUAUUCUUCCAUCAUACUCCUUUCUCACGUAUAGUUUUGAACAAGCCCCUUUUGUUGUACUGUACUAAGGCUUCCUGGCCUUGAUUGCAUCAAUUCUACUUCAGCAAGCAGUUCCUCCUCAUUGGUGAGAAUAGUUCCCCUUGCUUCCUCCAACUUAAAAGAAAAGGAUAAAUUAAAGCAAACCAUAAUAUUAUUGACUGUUCUGAUUUUUGUAGAGAGAAAGCUCAUGACUACUGUAUCAUUCCUUCAUGUGCUCAUGAUCUAUCCUGAACUUCAUUCUAUUCAGGUAGCUUUUAGUAUAUUCCAAUGGAAAUACUGUUUCUUAGGAUCAUAGAUUUAGAGGUAGAAGGGUCCAGAGGUGAGUUCAACCCCCUAUUCUUUCAUAUGAGAAAACUGAGCCUAGAGAGAUGAAAUGAAUAGAGUAGUUUAAAAGGGGCAACUGGGUGGCUCAGUGGAUUGAGGGCCAGACCUAGAGAUGGGAGGUCUUAGGUUCAAAUCUAGCCUCAGAUACUUCCUAGUUGGAUGACCCUGGGAAAGUCACUUAAUCCCCAUUGCCUAGCCCUUACUGUUCUUCUGCCUUAGAACCAAUACACAGUAGUAAUUCUAAGAGAGAAGGUAUGGGUUUGGGGGAAAAAAAGUAGUUAAAAUUAAUUAUAAAAGAAAUAGAAACAGGAUUUAGGCCCUACAUUCAGGUGUUCUGAUUCCAAAGCCAGCAUCCUAUGUGACAGAGUCUGGCACUAGAGAAAAAGUGCCAAGCUGAAGAGUAUGUGAAAUUGAUCACCUCGAUGGAGGAGGAGAGAAGACUGGCUGGUAGAGCAGUGAGUCUCUCUCAGUCUUGAGAUGAAGAGAGAAGGUGGGAAAAAGACAUUCUCCUGAGGGUUACCCAUCUGGGAUGCCAUCUGUUUUUAAAAAAGACAAAAAAGGGGAAGUUUUUCUACCCCAAUGGAAGGCUUGGACUUUUGGUAUUGAGGGGGAAAGAGAACCCCCUUCUCAAAGCAGGGUUCGGGGGAGACAGUAGAUAUAGCGGAUUGGCUCAGAGAAAGGAGAGGGGGUUUGAAGAUUUUCCCCCUUCUGCCUUCCCUCCUUAGCUAAAGCUGCUCUCCCCAAUUCACUCUUGUCCCCCCUCCACUACUCGAGACCAAAAGAUCUCCCCUUGAUCCAUUUACUCACACUCAGCUUGGGGAACUGAUAACUUUUCAUGUUAACUCAAUCAGAUAAUACAAAAGGAAUAAUGGGCAGGGAAGAAUGGGAAAAGGAAAGUGGGGAAAGGGGGUCCCUGUCUCUAUCUAAACCCUUUCCCCCACUCCUUGAGUUUGUGGGGAGAACUCGGGCCUUGGCAGCCUGAGCCCUGCUGAGAGAAAAUCAGGUUGACUCACCCCUGGGCAACAGGAGCUGAGGUAAAGUCUGCUCAGGUUUUCUCUUUGGAAGAUCCCUUCAAUUGGGAAGUGUUGGGGGGAAAGAUUUCCAGUCACCAGCAGGAAAAAUAGGUAACCCUCAGGAGAAAGUCUUUAUCCACCUUCUGUCUUCAACUUCUCAAGACGGAGAGACCCUCACUGCUCUCCUCACCAGAGUCUUCUCUCCUUAGGAUCUCACUCCUGGGGCCCCUCCCCCAUUGAGGUGAUCAAUUUCACAUACUCUUCAGCCUGGCACUUUUUCUCUAGUGCCAGCCUCUAUCGUAAAUAUAUGGGAUUCUGUUCCUCUCCAAAAUUUUAUUGAGAUGUUCCUCUGGUUCCUAUGUUUCCUCACAAAUAUAUCUUCUUAAUAUAGAGUACCCAGUCUACUUCUUUUUAUCAAUUUUAUCCUUUUUUUCCCUUUAGAAUAUUUUUCCAUGGUUCCAUGAUUUAUGAUUUCCACCCCCUCUUCCCUCCCCCCUCCUGGAGUUGACAAGCAAUUUCACUGGGUUAUACAUGUAUCAUUGUUCAAAACCUAUUUCCAUGCUAUUCAUAUUUGCAGGAGAGAGAUCUUUUAACGUUAAAACCCUAAUCAUAUCCCUAUCAAACCACUUGAUCAAUAAUGUUUUUCUUCUGCUUUUCUACUCCCACAGUUCUUUCUCUCAUAAGUUCCUCUGGAUUGUCCUGGGUCAUUGCAUUGCUGCUAGUAGAAAAGUCUAUUACACUUGAUUGUGCCAUAAUGUAUCAGUCUGUGUACAAAGUUCUCCUGGUUCUUUUCCUUUAGUUCUGCAUCAAUCCCUGGAGGUCUUUCCAGUUCACAUGGAAUUCCUUGAGUUUAUUAUUCCUUUCAGCACAAUAGUAUUCCAUCACCAUCAGAUAUCAUAAUUUGUUCUGCCAUUCCCCAAUCAAUUGGCACCCCCCCCCCCUCAUUUUCCAGUUUUUUGCCACCACAAAGUGUGGCUAUAAAUAUUUUUGAAGAAGUACUUUUCUUUAUUAUCCCUUUGGGGUACAAACCCAGUAGUGGUAUAGCUGGAUCAAAGGGCAGGCAUUCUUUUAAAGCUCUUUGCACAUAGUUCCAAACUGCCCUCCAGAAUGGUUGGACCAAUUCAAUUCUGUUCCUUUUUUAAAAAUAUUUUUUUCCAAAUAUAUGUGAAGAUUUUUUAAAUCCUGAAUGUCAAAUUCUGUCCCUCCUUCUCUUUUUCCUUCACUGAGAAGACAAUUUGAUAUGUGCAGUCAUGCAAAACAUAUUUCCAUAUUAAUCAUGUGAAAGAAAAUACACAAAAGCAAAAGCAAGAAAAAAGUGAAAAGAGUAUGCUUCUAUCUGCAUUCAGACUCAUCAGUUCUUUCUCUGGAGACAGAUAACAUUUUUUAAUGAGUCUUUUAAAAUUGCUUUAGAUCACUGUCUUGCUGAGAAUACUUCUAAGUUAUUCACAGUUGAUCAUAGUAUAAUACUACUCUUACUAUGUAAAAUAUUCUCACAAUUUUGCUCAUUUGCAUCAGUUCAUGUAAGUCCUAUUCCUUUUGAAUAACUUUCCAAAGCCAUAGUCCUGUCAUAUAUCCCAAUUUCAGUAAUCCCUUAAGGUCAUAUUUGACUGCCAUCAGGAAUCUCUAAUUUGUCAUAUCUCAUCCAUACUGUUUUUUUUUUAACUUCAGUAAUAUUUUAUUUUCCCCCAAUUACAUGUAAAGAACAAUUUUUGGCAUUUAUUUUCUGACAUUUUGAGUUCCAAGUUCUCUCUCCCUUCUUUCCUCCUGCCCCCUCCAAAAGUAAUUUCAUAUUGGUUAUACAUGUGCUAUCAUAUAAAAUGUUUCUGUACUCAUCUUGCUGUGCAAGAAGACACACACAAUCAUGAAAACAAAGUGAAAACUGGUAUACUUCCAUCUGUAUUAAAACUCCAUCAAUCAA